AUGGGGGGCGGAGGGUCUGCCCUGAGGGUCUGCGCCGACCACCGCGGGGGCAUCAACUGGCUCAGCCUGAGCCCCGACGGACAGCGCCUGCUGACGGGCAGCGAGGACGGCACGGCCCGGCUCUGGAGCACCGCGGACGGCACGUGCUGCGCUCUCCUGCAAGGACACGAGAGUUACGUGACCUUCUGCCAGCUGGAGGACGAGGCCGCCUUCACCUGCAGCGCUGACUGCACCAUCAGGAAGUGGGAUGUGCUGACUGGGCAGUGUCUGCAGGUGUUCCGGGGACACACGUCCAUCGUGAACAGGAUCCUGGUCGCUGACAACCAGCUCUUCAGCAGCUCCUACGACCGGACGGCCCGCGCCUGGAGUGUGGACAGGGGGCAGGUGGCCCGGGAGUUCCGGGGUCACCGCAACUGUGUGCUGACCUUGGCCUACGCCGGGGCCCCCUGGGUGGAGGAGGCGGUGGCUGGGGGCCUCCUGGUGACAGGCAGCACAGACAGCACGGCCAAGGUGUGGCAGGUGGCCAGCGGCUGCUGCCACCAGACGCUGCGGGGCCACACAGGCGCCGUGCUCUGCCUGGUGCUGGACGCACCGGGCCGCACAGCCUUCACGGGCAGCACGGAUGCCACCGUCCGCGCCUGGGACAUCCUGAGCGGCCAGCAGCUGCGCGUGUUCCGGGAGCACCAGGGCUCCGUCAUCUGUCUGGAGCUGGUAAACCGGCACGUGUACUCGGGCAGCGCCGACAGGACGGUCAAGUGCUGGCUGGCAGACACCGGCGAGCGCGUGCGCACGUUCACGGCCCACAGACACAGUGUGAGCGCCCUCAAGUACCACGCGGGCACCUUGUUCACGGGCAGCGGGGACGCCCGCGCGCGCGCCUUCGACGCCCAGUCCGGAGCGCUGCGGAGGGUGUUCCGCGGCCACGCCUUCGUCAUCAACUGCAUCCAGGUGCACGGCCAGGUGCUCUACACCGCCUCGCACGACGGCGCGCUGCGCCUCUGGGACGUUCGCGGCCUCCCGCCGCCGCGCGCCGCCGCCCCCAAGCGCAGCCUCUCGCGACUCUUCAGCAACAAGGUGGGCUGCGCCGCCGCGCCCCUCCCGCCGGCCUGA